ACCCUUGAAAGCAACUUAUUAUUUGGUAUUUAAUUCGGGGGACUAACCGUCCAUACAAGUUUUAGGAAUUUAUAUACCCCAUCUAUAAUGUAAACAUGCCCAUUUAAGCUCACAUGAUAUAAAAGGUGAAAAAUCAAUUAAGAAGACAUUAUAUUGGAAUACCCACAUCAGUGAACAUGGCUUAUAUUCUGUUGGAUAAAGACGGGGGUAUCCCUGGACACAGUAAGGAGGCUAUGACUCCAAGAAAUACUCCCAGGGAUACAAAUGUAAGGCGUCAUGAUCCAGAAUUCUUUACAAAACUGGAUGAGCAAAAUAUUCAGAGAAUAGAUGACCGUGAAAGUCGACGUAAAGAGGAUGCUAAAUGGAUGAUUUAUGAUAAAAGGGGUGAUGAUAGAGCAAUGCCUGUUAGUAGGCAAAAUAAUAUUGGAUAUACACAGGAAGAUAUGGCCCAAAAUUCUCCUCGAGAUCACGAAUUUUAUACAAAACUUGAUGAGGAAAGUGUCACUAGGAUUCGUGAUAGGGAAAAUAAACGUCAAGAGGCUGCUAAAUGGAUGGUUUAUGAUAAAGUGGCCUAUGAUAAAGCAGUUCCUGUAAUUGGUAAAAGUCCUAGGCGAGGACAAGAUUAUGUACCACAUCCUAUUGAGAAGCCCUAUGUCAGACAGGCUGAGCAAUAUAAAAGACCAGAAGGAAAUAUGGAUGGCAUGACGUCUUACAAGAAAGAAUAUACAGAAAAGCACCCAGAACGAGUGCAUGCUAUUAAACACGAUGGACAGAGACUACCAGGAGGCAGGUUUGAAGGAGAACCAACAUAUAGAGCUGACUACAAAAAAUGGGAUGCCAGUCGACAACAACCUUAUGGCUUAAGAGAUUCCUAUCAGGCUCCAACACAAAGAUUUGAAGGAGAGAGUACCAUGCAUCAUGAUUUCCGUAAAUAUAACCAGGCCAAACGUGAACCUUUAAGACCAAUGGAAGCUGCUAUCGGAUCGGACCAACCAUUUGCUGACAUGACAGAUUAUCGUGCUGAAUACAAGAAACAUGCUCUCCCCGCCAAACACCUCCAUCAACAAGAGGGAUACAAACCAUCAUCGGCACCACUGGAUGACCUUACAACCUUCAGACGAGACUACAAAGGUCAACAUGGACAACCAACCAGGAGCUUUAAACCUGACAAUGCUGCUUUCUCAUCUGGACAACCACUGGAAGAUACAACAACCAAUCGUAAAGAUUAUAUCAAAUGGCCAAUGGAUAGACCAUAUGUACAUCAACAUGACGCAUACCAAAAACCUGAGGGUGAAAUGUACACACAAACAACUCAUAACGCUACAUACACACAACUACCAUUAACUAAAAAUCUGGCAAUGAGACCAACAUCUGCUGGCAAAGCAAGAAAUGCUCCAUUUGAUGGCACAACUAAUUAUUCUCAAGAUUAUAAGAAAUGGGCAUUACAGAAAAAUCAACCUCACCAAAGAGAUGAAUAUCAACCUAAUGCGGCUCCAUUUGAAGGCAUGCCCACAUACAAGGCUCACUAUGUACCUCAUGGUGUUCAUCCAACUCAGUCAUUCCGGCCAGAUAACACAGCAUUCCAGAGUAAUGCUAGAUUUGAAGAUGGUACAAUGUACAGAACUGAUUAUACCAAAAAACAAAUGCCACUUUGUCCAUGCCAUGAUCCACAAUUACCAGCUAAUAGAGUGAUCAUGUGUGAAAGACAUAAUGUACCUGUCAUGUCUACAAUACAGAAAUUACCCAUGUCGGCACGUACACCCAUGGCUGUAGCUUAACAUUCUUAUAUCUUAUGUCUGUGAUAUAUACUAUAUUUUUAUAAAGAAAUGCUGCUGAACACUAUUACAUAACAUGAUAUCUACAUGAAAAGAAUUUAUUGUGAUAAAGAAAUAUUCUGGAUGGGAAGAUAUUCUCCUGCAUCAGAAUACAUGUUCCAUAUUGUAUACUUUAGAUAUGUUUUUUUUUAAUUUCACUGAGGUUGUUUAUUAUCACUGAAAAAAAUCAUGAUUUAAAAUUUGUUUUUUCAAAGAUUUUUUUAAAUUUGUUAGAAAAAGAACAUCAGAGCUUGGUUAAGAUUUCUGCCAAUGUUAAUAUUAGAUAACAAAACAAAAGUGCGUUUUUUUUACCUCUUAAGUGAAAGAUGUUGUGGGUAGUAUCUGGUAUAAUACCAUUUCUAGAGUGAUUAUAUUGUCUUGAAGAUUUCUUGGGUAUAGAAGUUUCCUUUAUUAUACUAUAAUACUCUUUUACUAUUGUUUAUUUAUUCU